GGCCUUCUAUCUCACUCACUUGACAGCCAGAGACCGACGGAGGGCCGGAGCUUUAAAGGGGUGGGGAGAAAAAAAAAAAAAAAAGAACCCCGCGUUGGGCCGCGCGUAAGAGCUGCUCGUGGCCAUGGUGGAAUCCGGACGGAGACUCCUCCGGUGGUAAGAGGAGGAAGUCCCCUUUCUGUUGUUGAGCUGUUUCUGCCUCUGUUACUUCAUCACAACAGAGACAAGAAGUUUCCCUGCAUAACGUAAGUGGACACACAAUGGUGGAUUAUUACGAAGCGCUGGGGGUGCCCCGCAAUGCCUCUCCAGAUGACAUAAAAAAGGCGUACAGAAAGAAAGCCCUGCAAUGGCACCCAGAUAAAAACCCAGAUAACAAGGAAAAUGCUGAGCAGAAAUUUAAGGAGAUAGCAGAGGCCUACGAGGUUCUGUCUGACAAGAGCAAGCGUGAAGUCUACGACCGCUAUGGCAAAGAAGGGCUCAUUGGUGCAGCUGGUUCUGCCGGUUCCAGGGCUCAGCCAGGACCAGAAUUCACUUUCACUUUCCGUAGCGCCCAUGACGUCUUCCGAGAGUUCUUUGGAGGGCGAGAUCCAUUUGCUGACUUUUUUGAUGAUCCAUUUGCAGACUUACGUGGACCUGUACCCCGGCAUCCUGCAGCAGGGCCUUUCUUCUCCCCUUUUCCUGCAUCGGAGUUCUUCGCAACUUCGCUUGGUCCGGGGCUCAAUGCAGGGAUGGGCUUCCGCUCUGUCUCCACUUCAACAAGGUUCAUCAAUGGCAAGCGCAUCACUACCAAAAGGAUCAUUGAAAAUGGACAAGAGAAGGUAGAAGUGGAAGAAGAUGGAGAGCUGAAAUCCAUCCAGAUUAAUGGCAUCCCAGACGACUUGGCAUUAGGCUUGGAACUGAGCCGGCGCGAGCAGCAAGCGCUACAAAACCGCGGGCCGCCAGCAUCUCCUUCAGUGACAUCACCUCAACACCCACCGCCCAAGCGCCCAUCCCCGAGCUCCUCCCCAGUGAUCCUGUACACAGACAGUGAUGAAGAGGAUGAGGAUCUUCAGCUUGCCAUGGCCUACAGCCUGUCUGAGAUGGAGGCCAAGAGCCAGCACAGAGCAGGUGUGUUCUGAGUCUGGAAGAGCCAUGGGGAUUGCCUCUCCAGCAUUCGUUCUCGUUGAAGGCUGCUCGGGCCUGGACUUCACUUUCUGUUCUCUCCCUGAACCUGUUGGGGGGGACUGGCAAGUGCCGAGUGUGUUUGUCUCCCCUUCUUCCUGCUGCGUAGCAUGUAGCAAUCAAUGGCUCAGGCAGGCUAUAGCCUGUUUGCCGUAGAAGUAGCUAUCUUGCUGCUCCAUGGAGCCAAGGCCUUUUAUACUUGUGAGCCCUCUUCACUGAUGCUCAUUGCCCUCUUAAGAGAGCCUGGCUGAAGAGUUGGGGGUAGUCUUGAAUGGUCUGUCCAGAGAGGUAGUGGUGGGUUAAGAAAGCCAGAAGCUCCUCAUAGGCAUGGGCCGCAGCAUCUUCUUUAGCUGCCAGGGACACAUGGCAAACACCAUUUGGGUUUGGAGAGUCAUAUGAAUGGGGACAAUCAGUUUUGUUCAAGCACCAGGGUAGGCUCUCAUGUUGUGAAAAGGCAACCUUGGCCCCUUUCCCAACCCACCAUAAUAUAUAGAAUGAUACCUGAACUCCCAGAAUUCCUACCUAGCACAAUGGCCCUGCUGUGAGAGAACUGUGGGAGUUGCAGUCCCGGAACAUGGCAAGGCUGCUCUAAAGCCAAGGGCUAGACAUGAAGUUUCUCCCUUAGAGCAGCAAGGACUCUUCCAGACCAGUCACUGCAAAGAGAGUAAGUCGGACUCUCUUGGUAGCAAGGAGAGGGCUAGGUCUGUGGCUCAUCCUGCCCCCCCACCCCCCAGCCCUUCUAGCAAAAUUCUCUUGAAAUAAUGACUACAGAUAACAUAUCCCCAUUCAACAUGUCUGUAACUUGGAGUGGAUCUGGUCUCUUUUGUAAUGCAGAGUGCUGGCCUGGUAUAUAAAAUGGAAGACAUUUAUCAAUAAACUUAUUUGCAA